AUCACCGAGUCAUCGAUCGCUCAGCGUUUCCCAGCAAAGCAACUGGAGGGGCGCUUAUAACACGAAGGACAAUAAGAGCGGAGCAGCCGGGCAAUGCCAGGGCUAGGUUAAUAUAUCGCCAGGAAUAGACAUGCACGUCCAAACAUUGAAUCGCCUGAGGGACUAAGAGACAAUUAAAGCCACUUUACAAAACCAGCGUACCCUUUUUGAGUCAUGUCUGUGCUGCGGAGCUACUGCGAGUCCAACUCGUCCAUCUCCCAGACCUGGGUGGACCGGGGCAUCUCGCCCUGCUUCUACUUCACCCUCCUGCCCUCCGUCCUGCUCACGGUCACCUUCUUCCUGGGCACGCUCCACUGCGUCUUCUACCGUCGCUAUGGCACGGCCAUGGAGCCCAAGUUCAUCCCGCGUUCCUGCCUGUACGCGCUCCAGCAGGCGCUGUCCAUCCUCCUCAUGGUCCAGUUCCUGGGCGGCGCCAUAUGGCGAGCGUCCCGCGGCGACGCGGAGCUGCCGGGGUACGUGGUGCUGUACGGGGUCCUCUCGACCCUGGGCUGGUGCUACGCCCUGGCCCUGUUGAGGGUGGAGAGGCGGAGGGCCCUGUUGAUGGAUCGGACCCGGGGCCACAGCGCGGUGCUGCUGCUGCUGUGGGCGCUGGCCUUCUGCGCGGAGAACCUGGCCUUCGUGUCGUGGUACAGUCCGCACUGGUGGUGGGGGCUGGACACCCAGAGAGACCAGGUGGAGUUUGCCCUGUGGCUGAUCCGCUACCUGGCCACGGGCGCGCUCUUCUUCCUGGGUCUCCGAGCUCCGGGGUUGCCACGGCGACCGUACAUGCUGCUCAUCAACGAGGAGGAGCAUGACGUGGAGAGCCGGGCGCAGGGGGGGGAGGAGGAGGAGGAGAACCAGUCGACGUGGCAGGGCUUCAGGAGCAAGGUGAGGCUGCUGCUGCCCUACAUGUGGCCCCGCGGGAGCGUCCUCCUCCAGGGCUUGGUGCUGCUCUGCCUGAGUCUCCUGGGGGUGGAGCGGGCCAUCAACGUCUUCGUCCCCAUCUACUACAAGAACAUCGUGAACGAGCUGACUGACGGCAGCAGCUGGCGAAAGCUGGCCACCACCGUCUGUGUCUACGUCAUGCUCAAAUUCCUCCAGGGCGGAGGAGCCGGCGCCUCGGGCUUCGUCAGCAACCUGCGCUCCUUCCUGUGGAUCCGGGUGCAGCAGUACACCAACCGGGUGGUGCAGGUGAAGCUGUUCGGCCAUCUGCACUCCCUGUCGCUGCGCUGGCACCUGGGCCGCAAGACGGGCGACGUGCUGCGCAGCAUCGACCGCGGCACCUCCUCCAUCAACUCCCUGCUCAGCUACAUCGUGUUCAGCAUCGCGCCCACCAUGGCCGACAUCGUCAUCGCCAUCAUCUACUUCGUCACCAACUUCAACGCCUGGUUCGGCCUGAUCGUGUUCGUCUGCAUGACGCUGUACCUCACUCUCACCAUCAUCAUCACAGAAUGGCGGACCAAGUACAGAAGGGACAUGAACUUACAGGACAACGCUGCCAAGACGAAGGCGGUGGACUCCCUGCUCAACUUCGAAACGGUGAAGUACUACAACGCAGAGAGCUACGAGGUCAACCGCUUUGAGGAAGCCAUCUUGAGAUACCAGGGGUCGGAGUGGGACUCCCAGGCCUCGCUGGCCCUCCUCAACCAGACCCAGAACCUGAUCAUCGGGUUGGGACUGCUGGCCGGCUCCCUUCUCUGCGCCUACUUCGUCACCGAGGGCAGGUUUAAGGUGGGAGACUUUGUUCUGUUUGGGACCUACAUCAUCCAGCUCUACACACCUCUCAACUGGUUCGGAACCUACUACAGAAUGAUCCAGAACUCAUUCAUCGACAUGGAAAGCAUGUUCAAGCUCUUUGAAGAGGAAGAGGAGGUGAAGGAUUGUCUGGGGGCUGGGGACCUGCAGUUCAAACAGGGGAAAGUGGAGUUUCAAAAUGUCUACUUUAGCUACAUCAAUGGGCAGGAGAUCCUGAAAGACGUGUCCUUCACCGUGAACCCGGGCCAGACCCUCGCCUUGGUGGGCAAGUCAGGGUCGGGGAAGAGCACCAUCAUCAGGCUGAUGUUCCGUUUCUACGACGUCCAGGGAGGCAACGUUCUCAUCGACGGCCAGGACAUCGCCAAGGUGAAGCUCACCUCCCUGCGGUCUCACAUCGGCGUGGUGCCCCAGGACACCGUCCUGUUCAACGACAACAUCCGGGAGAACAUCCGCUACGGCCGCAUCUCGGCCAGCGACGCGGAGGUGGAGGAGGCGGCCAUCGCCGCCGACAUCCACGACAAGAUCAUGGGCUUUGCUGAGGGCUACGACUCCCAGGUGGGCGAGCGGGGGCUGAAGCUGAGCGGGGGGGAGAAGCAGAGGGUGGCUAUCGCAAGAACCAUCCUCAAGGCGCCGCAGAUAGUGCUGCUGGACGAGGCCACGUCCGCACUAGACACCCAAACGGAGCGCAACAUCCAGGCCUCUCUUGCGAAGGUCUGCGCCAACCGCACCACCAUCGUGGUGGCUCACAGGCUGUCCACCAUCAUCGGAGCCGACCAGAUCCUGGUGAUCAGUGACGGGCAGGUGGCCGAGCGAGGAAGACAUGAGGAGCUGCUGGACAAGGGGGGCUUGUAUGCGGAGAUGUGGCAGAGGCAACAGCAGGAGGACUCUGACUCUGACACAGAGGCCAAGGACCGCAUCGAAAAGCUCCAACCCCCGUCCAGCUCAUCGGGUCAUCACCACGGCCCCCACUAAACCAAACCGCCCCACGAAUGUUUGUUUGUGGGUUUGUUUUAUGCCUUGUUCUUAAACGGUGUGUGGUUUUAAAGGGGACCCGUUAUACCACCAGUGUGAGUGUGAUUAGCCUUACAAGCUGUUUCGAGCGGGCAGAU